AUGAAGAUUCGAACGAUCACGUCGGGACUCGGGAGCGGGGGACACUCGAAGAGGUGCGACUUUGUCGAACUAGUCGAGAAUCUCAAAGGCGAAGAAUUACUCCUCGCAGCCGAGAGAAAUGUCCUCGUAGAGACCUUGAAAACUGGUGCCCUCGGCCUCCCAUUAGCCCCGGAGCCUACCUAUCUCGUCGACGGUCGCAAUUCUCGCCCCGCCAAUCCUCCUCCUUACGAAGAUGAAGCGCUGGGCAACAAUGUCGACUCUACCCGUCCGAAAACAAUCAGGAAAAGGGAGGUCGACCAGGAAGACCUCGCCUUCCUCGUCCACUGGCUCGCCUCGCACGAGAUGAAGAUCGACUUCGAGCUGUAUCGAGGGAAGGAGAAGGGAGAGCUUUUGAAUGUUGUUCGGGCAUAUUACGAUCAUCAUCGGGAGGACCUUGAGUUGAUGGAUGCCUUGCAGCAUAUUCUUCACGAGGAAGAUUGGGAUGCGAUUCGCCGCCCAGCAGAGGCAGGGACUUCCGAGGCAUGA